AUGCCUAUGAUGAAACCGCAUGACGAAUGGGCAUUCAAAUGCACGGACGCAUGCAGCACGGCUCUUGAAUGGGGAACGGCGAACGGCCACUCUGCUGCUCUUGUUUUUGCAACUCCCGUAACACUGCCAAGACGCAUUCGCGGUGCUGCUGCGGCUGGCGCCUCUACCGUUGUUGUUGUAUGUAUUGCAGCAACCCUAAGCUACCGUCUCCUCUCUGUAAGUAGCCGUCCGAGCAGCCCGCUCAGGCCUUCUCUCGUCUACGUAGGUGAGUACGUAGAUGCUGGGGGCAAGAAAAUCAGCAGCAGCAACAACAGGAGCAGCGGCUGUGGAGAUGAGGGUGGUGCUGGUGGAGACACGCGCAGACUGCCGACAGGGCAGAUGGUUCAUCUCCAGUUCCAUUCUAGCGGAAGGGCUGCUGCAGACCCCACCCAAAACACCACCACCUCUACCAGCAGUUGGAGCAGCAGCAGCAGCAGCGCCAAGACGCCGUACUGCAGCAGCACAGUCACCUCCUCUCAGGAGGCUUUCCCGACAGUCGUAAUUGAUGAAUCUGGUUACCCAUGUCGUUCUUCUCCGCGUGAUUUACCAGCGUCUCCGAACGCUACGGAGCCAAAGGCCUCUGAAAGACCCCUCUCGAAGCCGCGAUCGUCGUCUCUGUCUCUCUUGAGAUCAGCACAGGAUGCUCUAGAUGGACUGUGGGGGGGUUUGCUGCCGGAGCCAGCGCCUGAAACUCUCCAUUUUCCCCUGCCUCCCAGCCCUCUGCUAUCGCCGCGAGUAGCACAUUCAAACUCGGGAGACGUACUUCUACAGGGGGCCUCUGAGGGCCUCCCUGCCAGCAGCAACACAAACCCCACCCUCGCAGCAGCGCUGCCGGCUACCUGCAUCCCCACAGAGGAGGAUGCACACCGCGCUGAGGCUCCUAACAUGCAGCAGGAAGAAAACACACGGGAAGAGCAGAUUGAGCAGCAGCAGCAGCCACAGUCAGAAUCUGCCAGUCGUUUUGAUGCAGAAAGCAAAGACACCGGUCAAGCGCUUACGCGCACUGCUUCUCUACCGUCCUCGAGAUUGGAAGAGGAAGGAAACAUCCCCUUGCCUCCGGCAGUACCAACAAUCGAAGACGACGCAGCAGCAGCACCAAGAACAGCAGCUGCUGCUUGGAGCUGUAGCAGCAGUAGCCAAUACACCGACGUAUCUCUACCCACCACUACUUGCAAGCACAGCCACACUAACAGAAGUAGCGCAGGCGGCGCUUGCAGAGGAGUAAACUAG